CUACCUCUGCUGAGGCUCCUUCUUAUCAUCUGAAAACGCUUUCCCUCCUUCCUGCCUGCAGCAGCACUUCAUAUACAGGUUGAGGCCUCGCUUCACAAGCACCACCACAACCUGAUACUCCUCUCGCAACAAAUCCGCGGCGCCGAUCAGCGAUCGGAGCUGAAGCACCAUCAUCCGGCGCGCGUGAUGUGGCCCGGGGACGGUCCUUGGCCGGCGUCCGCCGUCACGGCGGCGGCGCUGCUCGUCGCCGCUGUCAUCAUCGUGCGGCGGCUCUUCAUCCCUCGCCUGUGGCCGUCGUCAGGGUCAGGGACCGAGCGACGGGGGGCGGCGAGCGGCGGCGCGUCCGGAUCGGCGCGUCUCCCCGCGGGCUCGCUCGGGUGGCCGCUCCUCGGCGAGACGCCGGCGUUCAUCCUCGCGGCGUACUCCGCCCGCCCGGAGUCCUUCGUCGAGCGGCGGCGGCUCCUGUACGGGAAGGUGUUCGCGUCGCACCUGUGGGGCUCCCCGGCGGUGGUGAGCUCGGACCCGGAGGUGAGCCGCGCGGUGCUGCAGGCCGACGCGUCGGCGUUCGUGCCGUGGUACCCGCGCUCGCUCAUGGAGCUCAUGGGGCGGUCCUCCAUCCUGGUGCUCGGCGGCGGGCUCCAGCGCCGGGUGCACGGCCUCGCCGGCGCCUUCUUCAAGUCGCCGCACCUCAAGGCCCGGGUCACCGCCGACAUGCGCCGCCGCGUCGCCCGCGCCAUGGCCGCGUGGCAGCGCCGCGGCGCGCCCGUCGUGCGCGUCCAGGACGAGGCCAAGUCGAUUGUGUUUGAAAUCCUGGUGAGGGCGCUGAUAGGGCUAGACGAAGGACACGAAAUGCAGUACCUCAGGCAACAGUUCAAAGAAUUCAUUGCCGGUCUGAUAUCACUUCCGGUUAAACUUCCCGGGACUCAGCUCUACAGAUCCCUCAAGGCUAAGAAGAGGAUGACAACGUUGAUCCAAAAGAUCAUCCAGGAGAAGAGGAAGAGAAGGAUCGCCGCCGGGUGCGAUGAGGAUCCGCAUGAUGGGACGACUCAUCAUCCGCGCAACAUGAUCGACGUGCUGCUGGGCAAUGGCAGCGACGAGCUCACCGACGAGCUGAUAUCCGACAACAUGAUCGACUUCAUGAUCCCUGCGGAGGACUCGGUGCCGGUGCUCAUCACGCUGGCCGUCAAGUACCUCAGCGAGUGCCCACCGGCUCUACAGCAGCUGGAGGAGGAGAACAUGGAGCUGAAGAGGCGGAAAUCAGGCGCUGGAGAAACCCUAGAAUGGACAGACUACAUGUCGCUCACCUUCACACAGCACGUGAUCACGGAGACGCUGCGGAUGGGGAACAUCAUCAACGGGAUCAUGCGCAAGGCGGUGCGGGACGUGGAGGUGAGAGGCCACCUCAUCCCCAAGGGCUGGCGCGUCCUCGUCUACUUCCGCGCCGUCCACCUCGACGCCGCCGUCCACGACGACCCGCACGCCUUCAACCCAUGGAGGUGGAAGGACAGGGCCGACGUGAUGACCGGCGGCGGCGGCGGGGGCUUCACCCCCUUCGGCGGCGGGCAGAGGCUCUGCCCGGGGCUGGACCUCGCCAGGCUCGAGGCCUCCAUCUUCCUGCACCAUCUCGUCACCAACUUCAGAUGCUGCACUGCAGGUGGGUGGCGGAGGAGGACGCCGUCGUCAACUUCCCCACGGUGCGGCUCCGGCGAGGGAUGCCAAUCGCAGUCACGCCCAGAACGUGAACACAGGUUGCCUUCCGCGCGCGUCGACCAUCUGUCAAGUGUUUGACUAGAAUAGUUUCCUUCUUCAAAUUAAGCAGAAAAAUUUAAGAAAACUCAUACUGUACAUGCAACCGUGCAUUUGAUGAGUGCAGACUUGAGAUGCAUGGUUUUAUACCUGAUGAGUUGUACUCGAAUCGUUGUACGUUACGCAACUGAAUUAAAUAUAUACAGAGAAUUUUUACAAUGAUUGGAAAAAUGA